CAUACAUAAAAAUGUCAGAUUUUUAACAAACAUUCUUCAAUAUUUGUGUCCAUAAUAAAUUUUAUAACAUUCAUUCUUUAAAAUCCUCUACCAGUGCAAAAUUAGUAAUAAUGUUCUCGUUCUUUAAAAGCAAAAAACCCAGCCCGGAUCACACCCCAGCGGAGCCUAUACCUGGACCAAUUCCUCCCGCACCCAAAGAGGACGACUUCAUUUUCGUCGAACGAAAGGGCUCGACACCUUCGCCUUCGACAUCGGGAGGAGGAACACUGAACGAUUCUCCUUCCCGGGCAGUAUCUGGUCUCUAUCCGAGUAUACCGACGGUUCCAGCUGCUGCUGCUGCUGCUGGCACGACGAGACAGCAAAGCGAGGAAAAAGUUGGCUACCACGUAUUGCAUGGGGUGCCGUUUAAGCUUUCGCCCGAAUUGUCCAAGGACAGCAGCCACUGGGAUGUGACGCAGUAUCAUGUGAAUGAAACGCUAUCUUUUAUCACCAGAUCGACCGCUGCUGGACGAGUGGAAUAUGACUUCAGCUUGGAGAGGAGUGUGCUGUACGAGGGAUAGGCGACGGUCGACGAUGAUUGGGGUUUUAUUUUCUUGAAAAAAUAUGCGAUGGUUCAAGAGCAAGAGGUGGCAUGUUGCAUCAGCUUUUUAUCACGCCUUUGCUGAGGAAUAUUGUGAUGAUUCCUAUGCUUAAAAAGAUGGAAAGUAAGAGUUCUUUAGCACUAAAGAAGGAUUAUGCACUGUGUUCGGACAACGUUAAAGCUUUAGCAAGCCAUAUAUUUGUAUGAGUAUGUUACGAAUUAGUUAAUUUAAAUAAUAAAAAUCCUGAUUAUAGUCACAAA